AUGCCAGAGACCACUGCUACUGCUACUGCUACCAGUACCACCCCACCACCCGAGACGGAUCCCAGGGUAGAAGCUUUCUUGAAGCAGCACUUUAGCGUCCCAUGGGAGCGCAAGGGACAACAACAACAACAGCAACGCACAACGAAGAAUGUUCCGCAAGUCGAAUUGGCCCGACAAAGACGCUUUGAGCUGAUUUCCACUCGUCGUCGAACAAGGGUACAAGUGAAUCGGGCAGAAGCCUACUGGAGAUCCUGCCAUGCUCACUAUCGUGCCGUCAAGCAAGAAAUAAUCGUCCAAAAAUCUGGAUCCACUAAUGUUUGGGAAUCGGCUGCCAUCCAGGCACUCCUCCAGCAAAAGAUCCAGUCUGCUACGACCAAAGACCAAAGUCGCUGCUUUUUCCAACCAUCGGAUUUCCGACUCAUCAAGAAACUGGGACUGGGUGGAUAUGCCAGCGUCUACAAGGCUCGCCACGUCCCCACCGGUCAUAUUGUAGCUCUCAAGCAGAUUGAUGUCGAGUCCAGUGAGAUUGAAAUCAAGGAGCAUCCCUUGUUGCCUCCUAACUGCGGAGUGGUCCCUUGCUAUGGAUCCUUUCUAGCAGCCGCCAACAAGGAGAACCCCAUCGAUGAGACGACGGACCUCAAGCACUGGAUGAUUCUCAAGCUGUGCAAGAAUGGCACAUUGAAGGAUAAAAUGAUCAAGGAAGGUCCCAUCUCUCAAAAAGAAGCUGCACACAUUCUCAAACGAGUCUCCAAGAUUACCACCUACCUCUACCACGUCCAUGGCAUUGUCCACAAUGACAUCAAGGCCGAUAAUGUGCUCUUGGAUGAUGGGCAUUCCAUUCUCUUGUGCGACUUGGGUGUCGCCAAACGGGGGCAGUGGCACUGUGCUACCAAAAUGGGAGGCACGUACUCCCACAUGGCACCCGAAAAGCUCGUAGCUCGCAAACUGGCCACGGGCAUGUACCAAAAUGAUGAAAUGAUUGAUGUCUAUGCCAUGGGUGUCAUGCUCUUUCAAAUGCUCUUUUUGGAAAAUCCAUUCCACAACGAGCCUUUGGUCAGCUGCAAGACGUCACCCGACAAUGAUCCCCAAGAAGUCCAGGAGCUUGCCCGGAACUGUUUUGCAGCAGCGGCUACAACAGCAGACUUGUUGCAAAUACCCGAGAACUUUCGUCGGGCAGAAGAUUGCUCCUACGGGGAUGCCAUGGAUUUGCUGCAGACAUUGCUUGCAUGGGAUCCGCAGCAACGAAUGCCGUUGGACUGCAUCAAAAAGCACCCCUUCAUCAAGCGUCACGGACGAUGGAGUGAUCGGGCUGUGUUGCAGCUCUGGACAGGAUUGGGGUUCCGCAACAGUAGCAGUAGCAAGCCACGAUCGGUAGUGACGGUCCGCCACGCAUGUCCGUUUACUACUCCCACCGACACCACUACUGUCAACCACAACAGCUCACGGAAAAAGCUCGAGUUGGACGACGAAUCCGUAGAACAAUUUGUGGUUGUUGCGGACUGCUAA